UGAGAGGUGAUUUACAAGCUCCCAAAAUGUGUUUCUUUUUCUUAUGGUGCAUAUACAUGGAAACUAAACAGGCAUUCUGACAUAAACCUAUCUGUAUUUUUUAUACUCAAGGGGUCAUUCAGAUCCUAAGUUUUUGUGGUAUCUAGUGCAGAAGGAUUACCAGUUGGCAGGUAUACCUGUGUGAAUUUAUUGUGGAUAUAGCACUGUAACUCUGGACCAGGAUAUACUAUGAAUAUGAUCAACACAACACCGAACUACAUUGAGAACAUCCCAGAGAAGCUUAUUCUGCACAUAUUUUCGUAUCUCCAUCUGAAAGAGCUGGGAAAGAUCGCACGAGUAUGCCGAAAAUGGCGAAACCUUGCAUACGAUCCUCGUCUUUGGGAAUGUGUCUCACUACGACCAGAGUACAAUGGAUUAUCAAUCAACCACACAGACUAUUUAAUGAAUUUGAUCCACAACAGGUUUGGAUCAAAACUUCGCUACAUCGAAAUGCCAUCAGAUUUGAUCACCCCAAGUGUGCUCCACGAUUUAGCUGCCAAAUGCCCCAGUAUCAAAUACAUGACUCUGGAUUUCUCCAAGGCGAUGCAGUUGCAUGAUUUUAACGAUCUUAAUUCCUUCCCAUGCAAUAUGAAGUCACUGUGUAUAUGUCUCAGUGAGGUCAUCUUUAUGGAGGGGUUCAUGAGGAGGAUUUAUCAAUGCCUUAAUACCUUGCAGGUUCUCCAUCUCAUAGGCACAUUUGAACUGUCCAAUGAGGAAGAAGAGGAGAUAUUUGAAGUGAUCAACAUAGCAAAGAUCAAGGCUCAUACGCCAAAUCUACGUCUUGUUAACUUAUAUGGUAUUAAUUUCGUUGACGACUCCCAUGUUGAAUUACUCGCCUCAAACUGCAUCCAUCUUGAAUGCCUUGCGUUGAAUUUUUGCCUUCGGGUAAAAGGUGCUGCUUUCUCAACGUUGAUCCAAAGAUGUCGGAAACUCACUAGUCUGCUGUUACAUCAUACAAGUGUAGCAGAUGAGCACAUGAUGGCAGUUCCAUGGGAAAAAUCUCAACUUCGUGAACUUGAUAUAACAUCAACUGAAAUGUCGGCAGAAUGCCUCCUCGACAUAUUACCCAGAAUGCCUGGCUUUCGUUAUCUCGCUGUUGGCCAUUGCGACUUCUUUGAUGAUAAGGUGCUGGAUAUGUUGAUUCAAAAGAACAAACUGAGGGACCUGAUUGCAAUUGACAUCAGCCACAAUGACACUCUCAGUGAGAAUGCAAUUAACAGGCUCAUACAGAAACAUGGCUUACAGCUGAAGGGCCUCAUACUCACUGGAAAACCUAAGCUUACUGAACAAUUCUGGUUGAAUGCUAUACCUUACCUAAAGAAUCUCAAAGUAUGUUCGAUGGGUACAGCUAAUGGAUGGUUCCUCAAGUUAACAAGUCGUGUCCACGUUGACCAGAUAAUAUCAUCAAUUUCACAGAACUGGACAAAUAUUGAGCGCCUCGAGAUGCAGUGGGAUCCUGACACUAUAAGAUUUGGAGACAACAGCAGCAAAUUCAUAGAUCUCAUCAGGCUUCGUUGUCCAAGGAUGAAAUCGAUGACAUUGAGUGACGGUGAAUAUUAUGAGAUGGUAAAGUCGAAUUACGAGAGGGCAGAUCGACUAAAGGUCGUCAGGACAACCACUAACUACACAACUAGCAUUGUGACAUUUUUAUCACAUUUUAACGAUCUUUUGUUUAACUAGGAGCUGAAUAGAGAAAAUCUUUGGUUUGAUAUCUGUCAGGUUUUAUUAAAAAGCUGGCAAUACAAUCAACUGGGUGAUUAGUGAUGACAAUAGAUUACAUACCAUGUGAGGUAAAAAGGGAGAUGAUUUUAAUGAAUUCACCCGAUGCAAAAAUAGAACCGACAAACUUUUGGAUAUUACAUAAUCAGGGUACAGUCUGUUAUUCAGGUGUCCGCCAUAUGUACUUAAUAAUAAAAGUUAUGUCAUAUUAGACUUCAUGAAUGGAAGGAAAGCUGCUGAAUAAGAUAUAACGUUAUAAUAUUGCCAACUAGUGUCAAAAUGAAGAUAUGGUACACAUAAAUGGGAAAAUGUCUUAUACUCGUUGAAGCAGGCCUUGUAUAUAACCUUUGAAUCGAGCUUAGGCAGGGUUAUAUCAUAACUUCGCGUCUGUUUUGCACAUGAUGCCAGUAUGUAUGCUUUUAAAGUACCAGUG